UACAAGUUCGCCGGUCUACGCGGGGGGGACGCCACACGCCACAGCGGCGCGCUCCGGCUCGCACCCCGGCGGCGGCGGCGCACGUAGCUGCGGGACUUCUUCGCUUCCUUCUUCUUCUUCUUCUUCUUCUUCUCUGGGUUAUUUGGGUGUUUUGGUUUGUUUUGGUUGCUCCGCGGCUGCAGGUGGACCUCGUUAAGCGUAUCCGUCGUGUUGUUUUGGGGUUGUUGUUGUGUGUGUGUGUGUGUGUGUGUGUGUGUGUGUGUGUGUGUGUGUGUGUGUGUGUGUGUGUGUGGUAUUAUGGGGCAUGCUGGACGCGUCGAGCCGUCGCGGUUUCCGUUGUGUGGAGGUUUGAGUCUGAAUAGUAUCUGCCUUUCUCCGCGCCGGGCCGGUUCUGCAGCAGCAGCCGCAGCAGCGGCGGCAGAGACGCCCCGUUUACACCCGCUUUACAAAUGCGUCUCCUGCGAUCGGAUCACAAGUGGACGGCGCUAAAUACUACGGGCGUAAACCGCCACCAAAACCCUCUGUGAACCGGUUACUCACACCACUUGCCGAGGUGGUCCGGGACGCGUUGGACCCACGUCUCUUUGGUAGCGUAAACGCUGAUGCGUCCUGAUGCGUCCCCGACAAGGACGUAAGAGGAAUUCUUCUUCUACUUCUUCUUCUUCUUCUUCGGAGUAACGAAAUCUGUGGUCAGCAGGACGCAUUUGGGGACGCAUAACAGGCACGGCUGUAAACGGCGCUGUGUCUCGGGGUCCACUUGUGAUCCAAUCGCCCCAAAAAGCGCAUUUUAACACCAAGUCUGAACAGGGUCUCGCUGCUGAGACAGCCGCGGAAAGUUCCGGACCGCCGGGGCGGGGGUGGGGUGGGGGGGGUGAGAUGGCCAGCGACUUGAAACCGAGGCUUUGUCUCAUGACGAAAGGGGACAACGGGUACGGGUUUCACUUGCACGGCGAGAAGGGGAAGAGCGGCCAGUACAUUCGCAAAGUGGAGUCCGCGUCGCCGGCGGAGGCGUCCGGUCUGCGGGCGGGGGACCGUGUGGUGGAGGUGAACGGGGACAACGUGGAGAAGGAGACGCACCACCAAGUGGUGCAGCGGAUCAAGGCUGUGGACCAAGAGACCAGGCUGCUGGUGGUGGACCGCCAGACAGAUGAGUUGCUGCGCAGCUUGCGACUCACAGCCACAGAGGAGAUGGCCGUGCAUGUGACCGGGCCUCCUCCGCCCUCCUCCUCCUCCCUAGCCUCCACUCCCAUGGCCUCUCCGUCCCCUUCCCCGUCUUCCGCCCCGUCCACCCCCGGCAAGAAGAGAGAGAACGGCUCUGUGUCCAAGCAGCCGGUCACACUGACCGGCCAGGUGCCCAAACCCACCCGGAGAUCCCCCUCGAGGGCAGCCAAAAAGGAAGCUCAACCCCACGCCCAGCACAAACGCGGCCGCCUGUCGACCCGUCGGAGCUCUUCCCCCGACUUUGCCACCUGGUGCGGGCUGAAACCGGCUACGGCUUCAACCUGCCACAGCGAGAAAUCGCGGCCCGGACAGUACAUCCGUUCCCUGGACCGCAGCUCACCCGCCGACCUGGCUGGCCUGCGUCCACAGGACAGACUCAUUGAGGUGAAUGGGGUGAACAUCGAGGGAAUGCGCCACGCGGAGGUGGUGGCCUUCAUCAAGAACGGCGGAGAUGAGACCAGGCUACUGGUGGUGGACCCGGACACAGACGAACACUUUAAGAGAAUGGGAGUAGUCCCCACAGUCUGCCACGUCAAAGACUAUGAUGGUCCAUCCAUGUCCAACGGCUCCCCAAGCCCACAGGUCAAUGGCAGCUCCACCACGCAGUCCAUCAGGUCCACGAACUCUGACCUCAGCAGUCAGGGCAACAGCACACAGCUGGCGGACGAUGAGGGUAGCCGUCUGCUGGACCCAUUCGCUGAGAUCGGCCUGCGCCUGAGCCCCACAGCAGCCGAGGCCAAGGAGAAGGCCCAUGCCAAGAGAGCCAAGAAGCGGGCACCCCAGAUGGACUGGACGAUGAAAUACCAGCUCUUCAGCAAUUUCUGAGAUGCUCCCCCUUUUUACAGAUCCUUCGAAGAGCCACAGACGAAAAGAGGUGACUUUAGAUCUUGGGUGGAUACGGUUUUGGUGUGGGACACGUUCUUUUUUUUAACCCUCACAGAACCAAAUUCCCCUGGAAAAACAAGCAUCAGACAUUAAGCAGGAGACGGGAGGAGGACGCUUUACAAAGGGUUAUAAUAAUUCUUAUGUCCCUUGUAGGAGCCUUUGAAAAAUACUCGUCUCCAAUUCCUUCAUCAGAAUACAACAUCCAAAGAUUUGUGAGUGUCCCACAAAAGCUCUGUUGACUUCCCCUUCCUACUCUUCUUCGUGCACUUUUACAACAGGAGGAAAAGCGCCUCAAAAAGCUAAACGGAUUUUUUGAAGGGUUGAGAGUGUUGUUUUUACUAAUUGCCCCAAAAGUUCUUCUCAUUGUUCCUAAACUGCUCGCUUUGUUCCUCCCUAAAUCACCCCAGGCUCCCAGAGACGCCUCUCCUGCGAACACAUAUUGGGAUUACAGUUAUUUUUACAUUCGGGGGGGGG